UCGCAGCACAUUUUCUUUCUUUCAAAUGCGUGUUGCUUAAAACGUCCUCCUAGACACGUCACAUGGACACAUGAGCCAAUGGCAACCCGAUAUUGGGAGGCCCGUGGGGCGCGUCUGAGACUCUUGGCUCCUGCAAAAUUGCUUCAUCCGCUGGUGUUCAUUUCCAGAAGUCUUUCCAGGGAAGGAGCCACACGUUUUCCCCGAUGCCCGACUGGCUAUGACAACGUCACUGGUCCUGCGUCCACGAUGGACCGACCCGGUCAUGUUUUUGUAUGACAACACGAGCGCACUGGAGGACGCAAGCAAAAACAUGGAGGCAUUUGCUGGAGGUAAUCUGGCCCCGAGCUCGUGCAGAAAUCUUUUGGCUCCCAGCGUUGCUUACACGUCAUGCGAAGUGACUACAGGAGAUGGAGAGGCUGGGAAACAAUGUAGCACGACCUCACAGGGAUCUGGCGGCGCGUCACUGCCUUAUGGGUAUUUUGGCAGCGGUGGAUAUUACUCAUGCCAAGUGUCUCAUCCACAUUGGGCUGGCAGUGUGGUUAAAUCGUCUGCCCAUUCACCAGCGUCUGCUACCUCUCAAUACGGGGAUAAAUAUAUGGAUAUGUCAGCUCCUUCGGCUGAAGAUUAUGUUUCUUCUAGAGCCAGGGAGUUCGCAUUCUAUCCGAACUAUGGAUCAAGUCUGUACCAGCCUGUUGCUGGGUACCUGGAUGUACCCGUAGUGCAGGCUGUGAGUGGGCAUUCGGAGCACAGGACCGAGUCUUCUGUUUUGGGGGACCCGUGGGGGAUCAGCGCUAGCGGCUGGAACGCACAAGCAUGUGGUGAGAAGGAGCAGCCGUUUACAGGACACGCGUGGAAAUCCUCAAUCCCAGACUCAGUUCCUCACAGGGAAGCAGACUCGAGUUCGUUCCGGCGCGGCAGAAAGAAACGCGUCCCCUAUUCAAAGGUGCAACUCAAAGAGCUCGAGCGCGAAUAUCUGGCUAACAAGUUCAUUACCAAGGACAAGAGAAGGAGGAUAUCCGUAAUGACCAACCUUUCUGAACGGCAGGUGACCAUCUGGUUUCAGAACCGGCGCGUAAAAGAGAAGAAAACUGUCAACAAAUUCAUUAAAAACUAAACUCCAGGCUGUGGCGCGCUUCAGCAAACAAUACAAAGAAAACAAUAUGUACACCAUGUCUAAUAAAAUGUCCUGUAAUGACUGAA